ACCGCAUCAACUCCCGAAUCACCCGUCGACACGCAGUGCUCCGCAUCCACCAGUGUACCCGCACACCCUCACCGGCGGCGAGAUACGCGCGCCUCGCCGGCGGAGUGGAUGGGGAAGCUCCCCGCCCUUAUGCGGGAAGUAGUCGGGGUGGACUAGAUACUCCGCUAAUCGUGGUUAAGAAGUGGUAGGUGGAGGCGGGGCAGCAGGAGAUAAGGGCGAUGAAGGCCCUGCGGCGAUCCAGCACCUCUUCGUCAGCGUCGGCGUCGGCUUCGCCGAGGGCGCCUUCGUCCCCGCGGUCUUCCUCGUGGAUCCAUCGCCGGUCCCUUCUCCUCGCCGCCUCGUCGGCCUCCUCUCUGGCGGCGUCGGGGAAUUCGGCCGCGGAGGGUUCGGAGUCAGCGUCGGCGUCAGUGGCGGUAGCCUCCUCCCCGUCCCCGCUGGCGCCUUCCUCUCCGAACCUUGACCGAGGUGGAAUUAAAUCUCCAUGGUCUCAAAGAAAAAGAAAACGGGCACUUUCUUGUAAACACUGGAAUCGUCUAUUUUCAGCAAAUGGGAAGCUUCGUGAUGGGGGAAGAAAAUUUCUAAAGAAAGUUCGCAGUGGGGGAAUUGAGCCGGGCAUCAGGACUGAAGUUUGGCCAUUUCUACUUGGAGUUUAUGAUUUGAACAGUUCUGAAGAGGACAGGAAUACCAUCAAGAUAAAGAAAAGGAAAGAAUAUGAAAAGCUGAGGCGACAGUGCCAUCACAUUUUGAAUUGCUACAAAGGAAAUGGGCUGAAUGUUAUAAAUGAGUUCAUUAAUGAGGAUUUUUCUGAUGGGGCUGAAGGAUCAGGGUCACCUUAUGUGAAAGAUGCUAGCACGAGAGCUUGUGUGUUGCCCAAAGAAUUGAAAUCUUUAGGCAGCAAGGCAGAAGAAUCAGAGAGUGCAAACUGGGCUGCUGUGGAAUGCAUGGAUGAAGAUACAAGUGAGUUAACUUAUGUUGAUCCAUGUAUGGCAGAAUCAGAAUCUUCUGACUCUGAGUCUUCCUAUGAAGAGGACGCUGACAAAACACCCGUCUCUUCCAAUAUGGAAGAUAAUUGUGACCCCAAACCGAAAGAAAUUUUUAUAUUUGACAAAACUCCAGAGGAUUUUGCCACAUGGCAGCGCAUUAUACGUGUAGACGCUAUCCGGGCAAACACAGAAUGGGCUCUAUUCGCCCGUAACCAGGCUGAAGUCUCUAAGGAGAAAGCACUGCAGUCGGCAAUAUCAGUUAGGCUGAAAGAUUAUGACCAUUUGGAGCCUUACAUGAUGUAUCAUGCUGCACGAUUAGUUGCAUUGCUCGAGGCAUAUGCGCUUUAUGAUCCAGAGAUUGGGUACUGUCAAGGAAUGAGUGAUCUGUUGUCACCAAUAAUUGCAGUGAUGGAGGAAGACCAUGAAGCGUUCUGGUGCUUUGUGGGUUUCAUGAGGAAAGCGAGACACAACUUUAGGCUUGAUGAGGUUGGAAUCAGAAGACAGCUGAAGACUGUCUCGCAGAUCAUCAAGCGUAAGGACUCGCACCUCUAUAGGCACCUGCAGAAACUUCAGGCUGAGGACUGCUUCUUUGUGUACAGAAUGGUGGUGGUUCUCUUCAGGAGGGAGCUCACUUUUGAGCAGACUGUGUGUUUGUGGGAGGUCAUGUGGGCUGACCAGGCCGCUAUCCGAGCUGGGAUUGGAAGGUCCACUUGGGCAAGGAUAAGGCUUCACGCCCCGCCAACUGAUGACUUGUUGCUCUAUGCUAUUGCAGCAUGUGUCUUGCAGAGGAGGAAGCUAAUAAUUGAGAAGUACAGCAGUAUGGAUGAGAUACUGCGGGAGUGCAAUAGCAUGGCUGGGCAGCUAGAUGUCUGGAAGCUUCUAGAUGAUGCACAUCACCUGGUCGUUAACCUUCAUGACAAAGUCUGAUGCAACUGCUUUCCUCAAUUACGUCUGGUAGAACAAUUUUCUGAGGUAUAUUUAGUAAUCAAUCUUCUGUUCAUCACCCAGCAUAAAAACCCGUUCUAGGAAUAUAUGGACAACCUUGUAGCUUCAAGUGAGGACGAAGUUGUCUCCAUCAGUAAAGCCGAUAAAUCAUCGGAUGUCACUGUGGUUCUGUCAUUGCAAGCUAUCCAUAGUUAAACCUUGCGGGAAAAAAUGUUUUUGCUUGUAAUAAUGUCUAUUCUUGCAAAAACAAUAUUUUCCCUACAUUCUUUUAUAAGAAAAGGUAAGUCCCAAGCUGUUGGAUGUAAUGUGGAGCGAUAUCGUAAUCAAGUCUUUACUGUCGUUUCACACUC